AGUGAUGAUGGUGGAGCUUUCAGUUUCAGCAGAGUUGUUUUCCUCUCUCGUUUGUAACAUCUGAAUUAGUCAUCGAGAGCAAUUUUGCCUAUUUGAUAGAUCACAACCUUCCUUUUUUGGGGGGGUGUUUUGACUUUGUUUUUGUGGAGUUAGCUUUGGCUAAUGUUGUCCAUUAUUUGCUCGAUUUUUGACACCAUUAUCUCAAAAGUCUACAGUGCUGUCCUCUGCACCUUGUGCAUUUAUUUGACCACAUGUUCAAAGACAUCUGGUCUUUUCACUUCUUCUGCUUUUGUAAAGCAUGGGUGACGUCCAAGACAACGUGAAUCCCUUCUUCUGUCAGCCGACAAGAUUGAACCUCACCACACAUACCUCUUGUCACUUCUGAGGAGAGGACUUUGGCACUUUAGACCCUCCAGGUGACCGAAGCAUUGCGCGGCUGCACAACCCUGACGCAUCUGCAGAGGACGAGACUGCGGCAAUGGAAACUACUUCCAAUCAAAGUGACAUUUGGCCAUUCAACGAAUCCUGGAGGAACUCGAGCCUCUUUAACUGGACCGGUGAAUUGAAUCAGACGAACCCCCUGAAACGCAACGAGGAGGUGGCGAAGGUGGAGGUGACUGUGCUCGCUCUGGUGCUCUUUCUGGCGCUGGUGGGCAACCUGUGCGUCCUGCUGGCCAUCCACACCACCAAACACAGCCAGUCUCGCAUGUAUUACUUCAUGAAGCACCUCAGUAUUGCUGAUCUCGUCGUGGCUAUAUUCCAAGUUCUCCCCCAACUUAUCUGGGACAUCACGUUUCGCUUCUAUGGACCGGACAUUUUGUGCAGGUUGGUGAAAUACUUGCAGGUAGUUGGGAUGUUUGCCUCCACUUACAUGUUGGUCUUAAUGUCCGUGGACCGGUGUUUGGCCAUUUGUCAGCCUCUCCGUUCUCUGCACCGGAGAAAAGAUCGUUAUUAUGUCAUCAUUUCUUGGAUCCUGAGCCUGCUCUUCAGUGUCCCGCAAAUGUUCAUCUUUUCCCUCAGAGAGGUGGGCUCAGGAGUCUACGACUGCUGGGGCGACUUUGUGAAACCUUGGGGAGCCAAAGCUUACAUUACAUGGAUCAGCCUCACUAUCUAUAUAAUUCCUGUGGCGAUUCUGAGCAUCUGUUAUGGGCUGAUUAGCUUCAAAAUCUGGCAAAACUUUAAGUUGAAAACCAGACGGGAGCAGUGCAUAAGCCUGACGCCCAAAACAUACAAAAGCAACACGCUGGCGCGCGUCAGCAGCGUGAAGCUCAUCUCCAAGGCGAAGAUAACCACCGUCAAAAUGACUUUUGUGAUCGUCGUGGCGUACAUCGUGUGUUGGACCCCCUUUUUCUCAGUCCAGAUGUGGUCUGCGUGGGAUCCAGCAGCCCCCCGCGAAGCUAUGCCGUUCAUCAUCUCCAUGCUGCUGGCAAGCCUCAACAGCUGCUGCAACCCUUGGAUCUACAUGUGCUUUGCCGGGCAUCUCUUCCACGACCUGAGGCAGAACUUCCUGUGUUGUUCCGCUCGCUACCUGAAGUCAUCUCAGUGCCGCUGCGAGCGGGACUUUGACUCUAGUCACAAGAGCAACUCCUCCACGUUUGCUAUUAAGAGCACAAGCAGUCAGAGAAGCAUCACGCAGACUUCUACUACCUAAGCACCUGCUCCCAUCUUUUCCCUCCAUUCAGCCGCCCACGCAGCUUUUCACUACAUGCCGUUGCCCAUAAAUUUUACAGCACUUCGAUUUCUUUGAAUACCUCUCACCACAAGGGUUGCUGCUAAAGCAAGGAAAGAAAGAGUCGACAAAAAUCACACUAUUUUUCAUUUCAGAAUAAAAUAUAAAUGUAUCUGUAAAAUUAAAAUUUCUGAUGUAAAAGUGAAAUGUUAUUUGUUUAAAGGAAGUAAUCAUGGACUGACUUGCGAAGUUAAAUGGAACGUCUUUUUUUCUCAAGACUUUUUUCUAAUUGAGAUGUACAGAUGUAUGUCUUUGUACAGAAAAUUAUUAAACGAGAGUAUCUGAAGAAUUUCAAUGUGUGUCAACCACAUUAGUGAUUUAGAGUUUUCCACCAGCAAAGCUAUUGGAUCCUAUUUGUCUAUGUAAUGCUGAAAUGGUUCUGGUAUAAUAUACUGUAAUGUAUCCUGUUGUUCACUUUACUACAUAAUUAACACAUUUAACUGUUACCUCAGCUCCUCUUAGACGUACGGUGUAUUGGCUGUCAAUGAUAAAAAUGUAUUAAAUGAUUAAAAACAAUUAAAGC